GGAUGCUAGCCCUUACUUUCUUGCUUUUGUUUUUACGCUUCAGUUUAAUUACCUCGUUUUCUUCAUUGUAGCUAUGAUCGAUAAUGGAUGAAAAAUUUAUUUAAUCCACUGGUACCUUCUUUUCUAUUUUUUUUGUCAUUUUCUCAUCGUGAACGACAACAUUUAUCUUUGGUUAUCAGGAUUAAUAUCUCCAUGGUUAUGGCGUUUUGGGGUUGUAACCAAAUGGGUUUUCGUUAAAGCUUCAAAAAAAGUUAUCUGUUCAUGAAAUGAGUUCAAGUUGUGUUAUCACAGUUACUUAACACGUACCUUUUUCUGAUUAGCUGUAAUUGAGUUUGAUUUUUUUUUUCAUAUGGGUUUGUUUCUUAGUCGUCAUUAUCACUUGAUUUAGAUUUCAGUUUAGACCACAGAUUAAUCAAAUUACCCACCGGCUAAAUCUUGGUAUAAAGAUAAGAUAUUCCCUUAAAUAUGUCUUUAGUGCUUUGUUUCUAUGUUGGUUUGUGCUAAAUACAGUCAUUAAAUGUUGUCUUGUUACUAUUCCCAAGUCUCUGUUCAUCUUGUCUUCAAAACCGUAUAAGAGUUCACUUUGAGCGACGAUGAAUCCCAUAGUUUUUCUCUGUCGUUUUGUGCUUUGAGCUGUACGUGUUAAGGAAAUCUAUGUUUUCUUUAGUUGAUUCGUUAUAUAAGAGAGUCUGCAUAUUUAAGAUUUUGAUUUUACUCAUAGCUGUAGUCGUGGUCAGUCUGAGGUAGUUGGAAAACGGAUAGUGAUUUACAAAAUGGAGAUGAAAUUGUUUAAUCAGAAUGCUAUGUCAGUUUCUGAGAUGGGAGCACAUAUGGAAAGACCCUAUUCCAGUACCUUUUCAAGUUACAGGAACCAAUCUGGACUUAACUUUUCUCAGCGGCUCUGCUCUUGCCGAGGGAUUUCUCCAAAUAAUAGUUACCAAUCAAAAGAAGCUAUUGGAUCAGUUAGUCGGGAGAAACUUCCAACAGAAGCGUAUUUCUCUCGUAUUAAUGGAGCAAAUGGGGGAACACCAAAUCUGUAUUCUAGAGAAAUGAGAGUGCUUGAUGCUGUUGAUGAUGAGUAUGAUGGGGUGGUUGUGGAUCCUGAAAAAUUGCCAUCAAACCCCAAUGCUUUUGCUUAUGAGCUUCGCUCAUCUCUUUCCCAUUGGAAAAUGAAGGGAAAGAAAGGAGUUUGGCUUAAGCUGCCAGUUGAACGAUCUGAGUUUGUUCCAAUUGCUGUGAAGGAGGGGUUCGAAUACCACCAUGCUGAACGAGGAUACGUUAUGUUGACUUACUGGAUUCCUGAGGGCCCUUCUAUGCUUCCUAGUAAUGCUUCACACCAAGUUGGGGUCGGGGGAUUUGUCAUCAAUGACAAAAAUGAGGUUCUUGUAGUACAAGAGAAACAUUGUGAUCCUGCAUUUAUUGGUCUAUGGAAAAUACCCACCGGAUUCAUUCUGGAGUCAGAGGAGAUCUUUACAGGAGCUGUGAGAGAAGUUGAAGAGGAAACUGGGAUCGACACAGAGUUCAUUGAAGUCAUAGCAUUCAGGCAUGUUCACAAUGUGGCUUUUGAAAAAUCAGAUUUAUUCUUCAUUUGUAUGCUUAGGCCCCUAUCAACUCAGAUAGUAGUUGAUGAUCUUGAAAUUCAAGCAGCCAAGUGGAUGCCCCUAGUUGAGUUUGUGGAGCAACCCCUUAUACAAGAAGACUCCAUGUUCAGGAAAAUAAUGGACAUAUGCAUAGCUCGGCUAGGAAAGCGUUACUGUGGCUUAUCUUCUCAUCAAUUGAUCUCAAAAUUUGAUGGCAAACCAUCAACCUUGUACUACAAUGUUAUGGAGACUCACAAUACCAACUGUAUAGGCGAUUAAAGUUGUUCAAAGCUACCCAGAAAAACAUGCAAAGAGGUUGAAACGCAUAUUGCCGUCAACCUUAUCCUUUUGCCAUAGCAGCAGAUUCAUUCCUUGGAUCUCCUUGAGCUCUGCUGUUGAGAGACCAAAGUGCUGAUAUAUUGGUAUCCACGUAAGGAGUACUCAAGCCAUCUUGAACAUAUACUUAACAUGUAAUUACAAUAACAAUGACUUCUCUCUAUCUAAUGUAUAUAUAUAGUCUUCUAUCAUCAUAUAGUAUCAUCCUUCCUUUCCAUUGGAAAAAUGCAUAUUUUGUUUUUCUGCAAGUAUACCAGUGUAUGUAUCUUCUAUUUGUCGCCAGCAUAUGUGGCUGAACAAAUUCUCUUGUUGAAAUUCAUAGACACUAGUUAUGCCA